UGGGACUGUCGGCUGCGGAGAGGUGGUAGGCCUGGCAGAACCGAGCGCACUGAGUGGAGUAGGAACCCUGGGAUCUGGUUGGGCUGGGUUUCCGUGGCCUUGUUUCUGAAAGGACGGCUCUUAACAGGGCCCCUAGGGACUAGGGAGAAGCUCGGCUGUGCCUGGAUUCAGACGGGAUGGGCGCGCCGGGGGUGGAACAUUGAGGGGCACCAUGCCUGGCCUGGCGCGACACUCCGGGACCCGCUGUGGCUGAGGGGCGGGCUCGCGGAUUUUAAAAUGCCUUCAUGGAGUUGGUUGACUAUUGAAGACGUGACGAUAUUCUGGAACACUUUGGCCAUUACAAGCCGCCCCUAGAAAAUGUACCUUCGGCCCCGUCUGGGAAGCUGCGACGGAAUGCAUAGGAGAUAGCAGAAAUUCUCUGAUGUGAUAUGAGCGAAAACGCGUUCGGACUUGUAGGGCUAAAGUUGCCAUUGCACAGGAGAAACACAAGCAUUCCCCUGUGUCCACAACCCCAGAUACACUUUGCAUUUUAAUAGGAGGAUAGGCACACCGAGAAGACAGAUGAGCACCGCAGCUGCCUUUCUUCCUAGGCACGUGAAGGGAAGAUGAACUUGCUGGGCAAGAAUACACAUGACUGGACAGUGCUGUGAGGAUCUGCAGAGAGCCCCGAAGCCCAGGAUGGCACUGAGAACCAAGAAAGGAUUGAAAGGGUCCAUUGAUGAUGUCCUUGGUGACCUCCUGGGAGAUGACACAACACCACUUGAGAAGCCUGUUGAGCCAGCUUCCCAUGCCACAGACACGGCGAGCUCACCUCAGUGGCCGGCUUCAAAGGCAAAGUUCCUCACAAAAGACAACAUUGAAGGACUGGCAGGAGCUGAUGCUGAGGCCUCCAGCGUCUCGGAUGCAGACCCACAGGUCUUCCUGCAGAACAUGAAGGACUUGGACAGCAUGGACGAUGCUCUCUUUGGUCGGAUGAAAUCUCACCCACCCUCUGGCAAAGGAGCCGCAAAGAGUUCUGGGAAAGAAGGCCCUAGCGCUCGCACGCCUGCCGGCACGUUAACAGCUAAUGAGAAAGGGGACACCAUGCCCACUAAGAAGCCACCACCAUCUUCCAGCAGGACUGGGCUUCAGUAUAAGAAGUUCUCCUUUGAAGACUUUGAAGAUCCACUGGCGGGACUUCUCUCUGAUGAGGAAGAAGAAACUGCCAAGAAGCUGCCUGCAAUGGAGAGUAAGCCUGCUCCCAAGGGCCCGAGCACGACCGCAGGCCAAGGACCUUCUGUUCCUCUGACCCCUGGGGAUACACCCAUCCGGAAGAAAGAACUGCUCUUUGAUGAAGGGGAUGACAUCAUGACUACCCUGGGCUUUGAAGACAGCCCCAAGGCAGAGAGGAAGAAGACAGGAGACCAGGAAGGGCCCCUCCCUGCUCGCUCCAAGCUGGAUGAACUGCUGGGUCGGGGCACAGCCGCCAAGCUCCUCACUCGCCCAGGCACUGGGGAACGCAGAGAGUUCAAGUUAGACAAGAAGUAUCAGAGGAUGGGAGGGGAGGAGUCUGUACCAGCUAGAGAUAGGGAAGACAGCUGGGACGACGAGAUCCUCACCUUUGGGGCUUACAAGCCUACCAUGGCCUCCUCUGAGGGCCGCCAGUCCCGCAGGCAGUCCGUCAGCAGGUUCUUGGGAGAAGGUGGCCCAGACCUUAAGGGAGAAAACCUAGGCUUCAAACAGAGCUCUCCACCAGCUUCCAGUCCUAUCCACCCCAGGAAAGGAGGAGCCGACUGGCUAGGCCUUAAGGACAAUGACCUGGACCUGCUGUCUCCCUUUCCUGUUCAAAAGGCCCAACAGGAAGACUCACCCAUGACACCCUCUCUCCUGCCUCCUACCAACCAGCCCUCAGCCCCAGAGCCACAGUCUGCCCCAACCGGACUUCCCUCAGCAACAAAGCCACCAGCCAAGGGUGCAAGACCCUCUCUCAAAGCCAGCCAGGCCUCCUCACCGAAAGCAUCUGAGGAGAAAGAAGAUGACUGGUUGAGCCAUGUCAUAUCUCAGAAGAAAUCCCAAAAUCUAGCCAAAGAAGAGCGUGCGGGGCCCUCUAAGGAUCUGACCUCACUGGGGUCACUGGGUCAGACCCCUUCUGGCAGCCUGCCUGUUGCUGGCACUCAGGUCCUUGAGCAGGCCCCUGCUGGAGAAGCCUCGAGACCAACUACACAAGGAAUGGCGACUGUCAGGCCUGGUGUCACAGGGUCCUCCAUGAGUUGGAACCAAGCCACUACUGUUCUCCCUGUAGAUGACCCCAAGAGAGGAGCAGCCUCCGCCUCUGGGGACUUCUCCAGCAGAGAGCCUGCAGUUUACAUUCCGCACUCCCAGGAACCCACGGGGCUCUCUGUGCCUAUCCAGACCCUCCUCCCAGAGUCCAUGAUGCAGAGUCUGCUGCCAGGCUCAGGAUACCAGAAGCAGCUCCUGGCCACCCAAGGGCAGCUUCAGAGCAGCACUGCCCAGCUUCAGGUUGAGCUGCUGCAGAGCCAGACCAAGCUGUCAGAGCUGGAGGCCCAGGUGCGGAAGUUGGAGCUGGAGCGGGCCCAGCACAGGAUGCUGCUAGAGAGUUUGCAGCAGCGGCACCAGGCAGACCUGGAGCUCAUCGAGGAUGCACACAGAAGCCGUAUCAAGGUGCUAGAAACAUCCUACCAGCAGCGGGAGGAGCAGCUGCGCAGAGAGAAGGAGGUGCUGUCAGCUCAGCAUGCGUCGUAUUGCCGGGAAGCUGAGCAGGCCAGGGCUGAGCUCAUAGCCCAGCACCAGCGGCAGAUGGCCGUGGCUGAACAGGAGAGGGACCAGGAGGUUGCCCGGCUUCGGGAGCUUCAGCAGGCAUCCAUCCUGGAGAUGCGCAAGGACCAUGAGCACCAGCUGCAGCGGCUGAAGAUGCUGAAGGACCAAGAGAUCGAUGCUGUCACCAGUGCUACCUCCCAUACCCGGUCCCUGAACGGCAUCAUCGAACAGAUGGAGAAGUUUUCCAGCAGCUUGAACACACUGUCCUCCCGUGUGGAGGCCUCGCACCUUACCACCUCACAGCAACGAGAGCUGGGGAUCCGGCAGCAAGAUGAGCAGUUGCGAGCUCUGCAGGAGCGGCUGGGCCGGCAGCAGAGAGACAUGGAGGAAGAGCGGAGCAGGCUACAGGAGGUCAUCGGGAAGAUGGAAGUGCGCCUGAGUGAGCAGAGCCGGCUCCUAGAACAGGAACGCUGGCGGGUGGCCGCCGAGAAGACCAAGGCAGAGUCAGCCCAGCGCACUCUGGAGGAGCAGAGGAAGAUCAUGGUCCAGCAGAUUGCCAUGGAGAGGGAGGAGCUGGAGAGAGCCAAGAGCGCCUUGCUGGAGGAGCAGAAGUCAGUCAUGAAUAAGUGUGGGGAGGAGCGGCGGCGCCUGGCAGCAGAGUGGGCUGAGUUUUUCACCCAGCAGAAGCUGAGCAAGGAACGGGCGGAGCGUGAGGCAGAGAGGGCGAUGCACGCAGACUCCCAGCGGGAGGGCACCAUCAUCAGCCUGACCAAGGAGCAGGCAGAGCUGACAGUCAGGGCCUGUGAGCUCCGAGCCAAGGAGGAGAAGCUGGUUGCGGAGAGGGAGGCUUUGGAACGAGAGCGCCAAGAGCUCCGGCUGGAGAAGGACAGGUUACACAAAGCCAGCCUGCGCCUGCAGGCCCGUGCACAGGAGGUGGAACACAUGAGUAAGGUAGCCUCCAAGAAGUAUGAGGAGGGUGAGCAGGCCUUGCAGGAGGCGCAGCAGAUGCAGACUGAGCAGCAGGGCCGGCUGCAGGUGGUCCAGCGACAGCAGGAGUGGCUGCAGCAACAGGAGCAGCGUGUGCACCAGGAGCACCUGAGCCUGGCACAGCAGAGGCUGCAGCUGGACCGCAUGAGGCAGGAAGUGCCUGCUAGCCUUCCGGGGCUGCCCCCCAGGGUUCCGGCCCCAGCAGCCUCCAGCCUGGAUGCUGUCCAGGCCCCUGCUUCCAGCACUCCUCAGUGUAGCCAGCCGGCUGCCGCGCAGAUGCCCACACACCUUCUUGCCAAGCUGCUGCUGCUAAAGCAUACAGCAGAGGAGGACCACGACUUCCUGGAGAAUGAACAGUUCUUCCUGGAGACCCUGAAGAAAGCACCCUACAACAUGGCGUACCAUUCUGCCUGAAGAUGCCGUGUGCCCCCUCAGUGGGCAUCUGGCCUGGAGCUCUCACCCACUGCUGACCAGCUCCCACCUCCGUGAGAAAGGCUCCCAGCAAAGUACUGCACUGCCCAGACAGAGCCUGAUUACAACUUUGUAUGAACAGGGUAUCUGUGUGUUCUUCCAAGGUGCUCUGACCUGCAGCUUAGAGGCAACAGGUGCCUCCCCAGGGAGCAGUGACAGUACGACCUUCUUAGCACCCAUCAUAGUAAGACCCCAGUUCAUCACCGCCUUCCACCACAGCCACUGGGGUCUUUAUGCCUGGGCUACAAUAGAGGCAGGGACCUAAUUCAGGGCACUCGGGUCAUACACCAUGAACAGCCUUUACUUUCGAUGAGAGGUCCUCCAAAUGGGACUAGGGAGAAGGGCCUUCUAGCUGAGAGAGUGGGAGGCCUGGCCAGGGACAAGGAUGGCACUGUGCUGGGGCGCACCAUGCCCAGAUGGAUUCUGGGACUUGAGUGUGUGUCCGGGCUUCACACGGCCCUUCAUCUUGCCCUCGGGUAGCUCACGCACAGCCCCGCUACGCCCCAGUGACCAGCUAACUCAGCAGCAACACCGGCUUCUUUUGCCCCCUCCAGGUCCCCACCGCAGGCGGGGUGGGGAGCUGUAGGAACAGAGGAGUGUGUGGAGAAGCAGAGGAGGAAGGGAGAUGAGAGCUAGAGACUCUGCCUGAAGUCUAGGAAGGAGCCCUGGGGCCGAGCUGCUGCUCCUCUGGUAUGUGAUGUGCCAUGACCCUGUAGUAGGGGAUCAGGAGACGGCCUUGGAAGGGAAAUGAUGCAGCGGACCUAGCACACAGAGAACCUGCUGUUCCUACAUGGCAGCUUCCAUUCAGGAGCACUUCCUCCCUUCCCACCUGAGAGGGCGUGUCCACAGGAGCAGGUGGGAAGAGGAGGGGCACACCAGAGGGUCAGAGGGUAAGGCAUGGCUGCUCUGCCCUUCGGAACCUCUCCUGGAGGCACCUGAAACCUUGAUAUCUGA